UUCUGUCAUCUUGUUAAUGGACGAAGAGUCUGAUUGUUUUGCAGGAAUUGCGGACGAUAUUGCCACAAAUCAUACAAAGCCAAGUGUAAAUAGUGAGGGGACAAUCUUUUUUCGGCUGAGCUUUCUGUUACAAAAGACCGGUCAAGCAAAACGAUCGUGAUACGCGCAUACCGUGACACACUCAAUCGAAACAUGACGCAAUUUAAUCUUUGUUUCCGGGUAGCUUUUCUCGCUGCACUUCUUCCAUUGACUUCAGGGGCUUGUGUUGACUUUUGCCUUGGAAUGGGAAGUGGAACAAUUCCAGAUAGUAAUAUAAAUGCUUCUUCAGUACAAAGUGCCAGCACACCAGCCAAGAAUGGUCGACUAAACUACACAUCAGGAUCAUCAUGGUGUGCAGGAACAAGUGACACUAACCCAUAUCUACAGAUUGAUCUUCAGACACUUCAUAUCAUCUGUGCUGUGUCCACUCAAGGGAAUUCUCAAGCAGAUCAGUGGGUGAAGACCUACACUCUACAAUUAUCCACAGAUGGGACAACUUGGACAGAUUAUAAGGAAGGUGGACAGGUUAAGGUUUUAGAGGGAAACAAGGAUAUAAACUCAAAUGUCAAGCAUGUUCUAUAUGGAGUGUUAACAAGAUAUUUGCGAUUCCUGCCACAAACACACCAAGGUGAGGUGUGUAUGAGAACAGAGGUGUUUGGGGUGCCACAGAAGCCAACAUGUGAUUCACUGGCAAUUGGUUUGGCCAGCGGUGGUAGAAUUCCAGAUGACAGCUUCUCAGCCAGUUCAAUAUUUAGAGCCAUAUAUGCAGCUAAAUAUGGUCGUCUUAAUGGAACAGGGGCAUGGGAACCUAAGACUACUACUGAUCCUGAUGACUACCUACAAAUUGACCUUCUCUAUGAGUAUGUUAUCUGUGCUGUAGCUACUCAAGGAAAUCCACCAACCCAAUCACCAACUGCUCAAGAAUGGACCACAGAGUACAAACUAAGAUUUUCUUUCAAUGGUACUACUUUUUUCCCUUACAAAGAAAAUAAAACUGACAAGGCCUUUCCAGGAAAUUCAGGAAAAACUGACACAGUGAAAAACAGUCUAAAGGAAUUUGCAAGUGCAAAGUUUAUACGCUUUCUGCCAACAAAGUAUAAUGUGUUCAAGGCUCUGAGAGUGGAGGCUUAUGGAAUACUUUUCUCUAAAGUUCCAUCACAGCCUCCUACUGCCUUCAAGCUGACUGUAAUGUCUUCUACCAGAAUUGCAGCUUCCUGGCAGUUACCUCCAGUCUUUGCCAGACAUGGAAGAAACAUAACUGGUUUUAAACUGUUCUACAAAAAGAAAGGUUUUGGUGGGUCAGCAACAACAUUGGCAAUAAGUAGAGGAUCAAUAUUAAGUGAAAAUGUCACUGGGCUUGAUAAGUACACAGAAUAUGAAUUUCAAGUGUUGGCUUUUACUUCUGAUGGUGAUGGACCAAACAGUUCUGUUGUGGUAGAAAGGACAAUGGAAGAUGUACCAUCACAAGCCCCUAAAAGUUUGACUGUGACCGCCGGAACAUCUACAAUUGUUACAGCUUCCUGGCAGUUGCCACCAUUAGACUCCAGAAAUGGAAUAAUCACAGGAUUUAAAUUGUUCUAUAAGAAGAAAACUGCAUCAGGGUCAUUAGCCAUGUUAAGGAUAGGCAAUGGUACUAUUCAUGAUAAAACUGUCAUUGGACUAGACAAUAACACAGAAUAUGAAUUUCAAGUGUUGGCCUUCACUUCAGUUGGUGAUGGACCAAAGAGUUCUUCUGUAGUGGUGAGAACCAGGAAAGAUGGAGGUUGUGUUGAGUUUUAUCUUGGAAUGGAAAAUGGAGCAAUUCCAGACAAUAAAUUAACUGCUUCUACUGAACAAAGUGCCAACACACCAGCCAAGAAUGGUCGAGUGAACUAUGCAUCUGGAUCAUCAUGGUGUGCAAGAACAAGUGACACCAACCCAUAUCUACAGAUUGAUCUUCAGACACUUCAUAUCAUCUGUGCUGUGUCCACCCAAGGGAAUUCUCAAGCAGAUCAGUGGGUGAAGACCUACACUCUACAAUUAUCCACAGAUGAGAAAGUUUGGACAGACUAUAAGGAAUUAGGUGGAAAGGUUAAGGUUUUAGAUGGAAACAAGGAUAGAAACUCCAAUGUCAAACAUGUUCUAUAUGGAGUGUUAACAAGAUAUUUGCGAUUCCUGCCGCAAGCACACCAGGGUGAGGUGUGUAUGAGAACAGAGGUGUUUGGGGUGCAACAGAAGCCAACAUGUGAUUCACAGGCAAUUGGUUUGGUCAGUGGUGGUAGAAUUCCAGAUAACAGCUUCUCAGCCAGUUCAAUAUGGAAAUCCAUCUAUGCAGCUAAAUAUGGUCGUCUUAAUGGAAGAAGGGCAUGGGAACCUAGGACUAAUACUAAUCCUGAUGACUACCUACAAAUUGACCUUCUCUAUGAGUAUGUUAUCUGUGCUGUUGCUACUCAAGGAAAUCCACCAACCCAAUCACCAACUGCUUAUGAAUGGACCACAGAAUACAAACUAAGACUUUCUUUGAAUGGUACCACUUUUUUUGCUUAUAAAGAAAAUAAAAUUGAGAAGGCCUUUCCAGGAAAUUCAGGAAAAACUGACACAGUGAAAAACAGUCUAAAGGAAUUUGCAAGUGCAAAGUUUAUACGCUUUCUGCCAACAAAGUAUAAUAGGUUCAAGGCUCUGAGAGUGGAGGCUUAUGGAAUACUUUUCUCAAAAGUUCCAUCACAGCCUCCUACUGCCUUCAAGCUGACUGCAACAUCUUCUACGAGAAUUGCAGCUUCCUGGCAGUUACCACCAGUCUAUGCUAGACAUGCAACUAUUACAGGGUUUAAACUGUUUUACACAAAGAAAGUUUCCAGUGUGUCAGUAAAAACCUUGACUAUAAGUGGGGAAUCAACAUUGAGUAGAAAUGUCACAGGGCUUGAUAAGUACACAGAAUAUGAAUUUCAAGUCCUGGCUUUUACUUCUGAUGGUGAUGGACCAAAGAGUUCUGUUGAGGUGGAAAGGACAAAGGAAGAUGUUCCUUCACAACCUCCAUCUAACUUCAUGGUCAGUGCAACCUCUUCUACCAGUAUUAGAGCAUCCUGGCAGUUACCAGCAGAAAAUUCUAGAAAUGGAAUAAUCAGUGGCUUUAAAUUGUUUUACAAAAGGAGAAGUUUUUCAGAGCCAGGAACUGUCUUUCUCAUUAAAAGUGCAGCAGUGUCAAACAAAGUUGUCAAUGGGCUUGAUAAGUACACAGAAUAUCAAUUUCAAGUGUUGGCCUUCACUUCUGCUGGUGAUGGAAAAAACAGCUCUGUGGUUGUUAAGAGAACAAAAGAGGAUGCUCCAUCAAAAGCCCCAAGCAGCUUCAGAGUGACUGCAGUUACUUCUACAAUUAUUACAGCAUCCUGGCAGUUACCACCAGCAGACUCCAGACAUGGAAUAAUUACAGGAUUCAAAUUAUUUUACAAGAAGAGAGGCUCCUCUGGACAAGCAACCACCAUGACCAUUAACAAUGGAACAGCAUCAAGUAAAGAUGUCACUGGGCUUGAUAUUUACACAGAAUAUGAAUUUGAAGUGUUGGCCUUUACCACAGUUGGUGAUGGACCAAGGAGUUCUCCUUUAGUGGUGGUGAGAACCAUGAGAGAUGGUUGUGUUGAGUUUAAUCUUGGGAUGGAGGAUGGAAGAAUUCUAGACACUGGAAUAAAUGCUUCUUCUUCCAGCAUGCCAGCCAAGAAUGGUCGACUGAACUACUCAUUAGGAUCAUCAUGGUGUGCAGGAACAGGUGACACCAACCCAUAUCUACAGAUUGAUCUACAAACACUCCAUAUCAUCUGUGCUGUGUCUACUCAAGGGAAUUCUCAAGCAGAUCAGUGGGUAAAGACCUACACGCUGCAAUCAUCCAUAGAUGGGACAACUUGGACAGACUAUAGGGAAUUAGGUGGACAGAUUAAGGUGUAA